AAACGAUAAUGAUGCAGAGCAACCGGAUGACGAACCUUCUGCUGGCACUGGCCUGCACCGCUCUACUACUGGGAUCGGUGGCGGCCGACGACGAGGAGCCCUCCAUGACCGUGGACGAGGUGGUGGAGCUGAUCGAGCCCUUUGGCGAUGGGUGUACGCCCAAGCCCCUGAGGGAGCACAUCGUGGAGAUGGUGCUGAACAAGGAGGACGCCAAGCACGAGACCAAGUGCUUCCGCCACUGCAUGCUGGAGCAGUUCGAGCUGAUGCCCGAGGGCCAGCUGCAGUUCAACGAGGACAAGACCCUCGAGAUGGUCAACAUGAUGUUCCCGGAUCGCGAGGACGAUGGCCGGCGCAUCGUCAAGAGCUGCAACGAGCAGCUGAAGGCGGAGAAGGACAAGUGUGAGGCCGCCCAUGGUAUCGCCAUGUGCAUGCUCCGCGAGAUGCGCGCCUCUGGCUUUAAGAUUCCCGACCUCAAGGAAUGAGGAUAUUGAGCAGGUCGCCGCCCAUCACCAGUUCUCCAUUAAUUUUUUUUUUUGUGUUAGUACAGUUCAAUUUAAUUAGAAACAAAUCGAGAACUUUGAGUGGUUCCCGACACAAAUAAAGCGCCCAACUAACGAAAUA